CCGCCGCCCGGAGUCCGCGGCGCUGCACCAGGUGAGCCGGCGCAGGGGAGCGGCCCGGGCGGGGGUCCCGGGCUCCGCACCCCGGGACCUUGACCUCUGCGCCCCACCCCGCCGGGAGUCCCCGGGCCGCUUGGACAGAUUCCACCCCAGCCUGACGCCGGGCUCCCGGGUGCUCUCACCACCAGGCUACCCGGUCUCCGCUCCGCCCUGGCCCGGGGCUUCCUUGGCCCCAGGACCCUGCGAGGUCUCCCCGCCCGGCGUGGGGGUGGGGGCAGAAAAAAGAAGGAAAAGCUCGGCCUUGGACCUGGAAGAUGGAGAGACAGAAAAACACCACAGCAUCAAAGCCUCCUUCAGUAUGGUGGGGGCUGGGCUUGAACCCCAGGUCUCACACGUGGCAAAGCAGUGCACUAUCUAGGGUCCCUGCUUGUGCUUCUCAAUGGAGAGUGAGCACACAGAUCCAGAAUGAAAACUAGCCCCCGGCGGCCACUGAUUCUCAAGAGACGGAGGCUGCCCCUUCCGGUCCAGAAUGCCCCGCCGGAGACAUCUGAGGAGGCGCCUAAGGGGUCCCCCGCCCAGCCAGAGGCUGGCCAAGCUCAGCCCGCCCAGGAGGGGGCAGAAGCUGGUCCCCAUGAGUUCCCAGCUGGCAUCAAGAUCGUCAACCACCCCACCAUGCCCCACACCCAGGUGGUGGCCGUCCCUAGCAACGCCGACAUCCAGAGCAUCAUUUCGGCCUUGACUGCCAAGGGGAAGGAAAGCGGCAGCAGUGGACCCAACAAGUUCAUCCUCAUCAGUUGUAGAGAAGCCCCCACACACCCGCCGGGACCCCAGCCUUCAGCUCCAGCCAGCAGUGAUCCCAAGGGGGCAGAAAUCGUCACUGAGACACUGGGCCCAAAACCUGCACCUGGUGAUGUCCAUCUUCCCAGAGUGCCCAGCAUCCUUCCUGGGCAGAGCAGGGACGGCUGUGCUGGCAGCGAGGCCAGGAGCUGCGCUCUGGACAACAGCCUGACUAACAUCCAGUGGCUCCGCAAGAUGAGUUCUGACAGGCUGGGCACCUGCAGCAUCAAGGUGGAGGUAGAGACGGAGACAGAAGAGAAGGAGAACCGGCCUGUGGAGCAGAGCCAGGUCAAGGUGGAAUCAGCCCCAGGGCCCCUGGGGUCCUGGCAGCACUCAGCUUCUGAACGACCCCCCUACUCCUACAUGGCCAUGAUCCAGUUUGCCAUCAAUAGCACUGAGAGGAAGCGCAUGACCCUGAAGGACAUCUACACUUGGAUUGAGGACCACUUCCCCUACUUCAAGCACAUCGCCAAGCCUGGCUGGAAGAACUCCAUUCGCCACAACCUUUCUCUCCACGACAUGUUUGUCCGGGAAACUUCGGCCAAUGGCAAGGUCUCUUUCUGGACCAUUCACCCCAGUGCCAACCGCUACCUGACGCUAGACCAGGUGUUUAAGCCACUGGACACAGGCUCUCCACACUCGCCCGAGCGCUUGCACGCACAGCAGCAGAAACGGGCCAAUCCUGACCCCCGCAGGAAUGUGACCAUCAAAACUGAACUCCCAUUGGGCGCACGGCGGAAGAUGAAGCCUCUGCUCCCGCGGGUCAGCUCCUACCUGGUGCCCAUCCAGUUCCCGGUGACCCAGCCUCUGGUGCUGCAGCCCCCGGUAAAGGUGCCUCUGCCCUUAGCCGCUUCGCUCAUGAGCUCAGAGCUCGCCCGCCAUAGCAAGCGAGUGCGAAUUGCCCCCAAGGUGCUGCUGGCCGAUGAUGGGGUCGCUCCCCUGCCCCCCAUGGAGCCUGGGAAGGAGGAGAAGCUGCUGCUGGAAGAAGGCCUGUGCCCCCUGCUUCCACUUCAGUCCAUCAAGGAGGAGGCUAGGCAGCCUGGGGAGGAUGUGCAGGAGCCCUCCCUACUUGGGAGGCCCAUCAAGGUGGAGAGUCCACCCCUGGAAGAGUGGCCCUCGCCCUGCCCAUCUGCUACAGAGGGGCUGUCCCGCUCCUGGGACGAGUCACACUCCCCUACCCCCAGGGCCAAAAAGGCAUCUGGGGGGCCCAGGUCCCCCUCCCGGCGCAUCUCGGACAUGCUGGUCAUCCGGCGCCGCGAGCGGAGGCAGCAGAGUCGUUCCCGCAGGAAACAGCACCUACAACCCGGGCUGCUGUUCUCUGAGGGGGCCCCCGGAGUGCCCUGCCGAGCCCCAGAGCCCACCCUGCUGGCUGAGCCCCCCCAGCUUGGCUAUACCCCAGAUGAGGCAGGCACCUUCCAGACUCCUGUCAAGGACACGCUACCCACCUCCUCUACCCCCAGCAAACCCACCCUCCCCCUGAGCCCCAAGUCCUGGGGGCUCACACCCCCUGCCAAAGUGGGGGGACUAGAGUUCAGCCCUGUGCGAACACCCCUGCCUGACUCUCUAGGGCUGGCCGAUCUCAGCACCACCCCCCUGCAAAGCAUCCCCCUCUUUGACUCACCCCGAGAACUCCUCAAUCCCGAGCCCUUUGACCCCGCCCCCGACCCCUUCAGUAGCUGUCCCCCCAAUGACACAGGCGCCCCCAAGCCUGGCUCCCCCGAGCCCCACGUGGCCAACCUGUCAGCCAACCGUUCCCUGACAGAAGGCCUGGUCCUGGACACCAUGAAUGACAGCCUCAGCAAGAUCCUGCUGGAUAUCAGCUUCCCUGGCCUAGAGGAAGACCCACUGGGCCCUGACACCAUCAACUGGGCUCACUUCCUGCCUGAGCUGCGCUAGCAGCCCGGCCUGCUGCUGGUGACUAGGCCCUCAGAGGGGAUAGCAGGCUCCUUGGGGCCCCCGGGAACUCCGCCGUCUGGCCUCACUGUGUCAUGCCAUAACUGCCACGGGGCCCUCUGCUCAGGCCUGGGAACCCGCCUCUGCCACUGCCUGCUCCCCAGACCAACUUCUCUCUCCCUUACGGGUGGGAAGAGCAGAAGCAAAGGUGAACUGAGAUGGAUGGCUGCCUGUGUCUGAGCCCAGAGGCCUCUUCCAGCCCCGCUGCUGGCAGGAUGGCCCCUGUAAAUAGUGUCAUUCUCCAAACAACCCUUUAAUUAUAAACGUGAGCUUAUUUGCAUAGACUGGCGUCUGGGAGACAAGCAGGACCACUAGAUGCUGCUUCUGUCUUUGUGGGUGGCUACCCAGUGUGGCUAUUAGUUGUGCCAGAGACUGGCAAGUGUGAGGACUUGGCCAGAGGCUCGGGGAAACUGGGGGGGGGGGGCCUCACCCACCAGCUGAGCAUGCAGAAUGCCCCAGACCCACCCAGCCAUGCUUACAUGCCAUCUCUAGAACACUACUGUACCACCUGGCAAUAAAACUUGGGGGACUGCU